AUGGUUCUAAAUGUAGGUAAGAUAGAUAACUACAAUAAUAACAUCUUGAUAGCUCCAAGUAAUGCUAAAACUGGUAUUAACCAUAUCAAUAAAAAGAAGAUAGUAGCAACACCACUAAUGGAAGGAGAUAGUGUCAAGAAAAUAAAGGUUAAGACUAAUGUUGAGAAAGUUAAGGAUCCUCCUGUUACAACCACUAUUACCAGUGCAGUAGUUUUGACGACUUCUCAACAACAUUCUCCACCCUGCUUUAUACAGCAACACAACAACAAAAAGAUGUCAGGCCAAAAAUCAUUCAAUUCAGGGAUGCCACCCCAUGCCCACGUUCAGUCCCUCAUCAACCACAUUCAGAAGGUGCGUAAAUCUGCCGUCAAAGAACUCUCACACAUUCAAGUGCAAUUAGACGAAAUUCAACUCGAAGACACCACCACAAGACCAGCAGCCGAAAACAAGCCCCCUGUCGAAAACGACCCCACCACACCUGUUGCUGAAAACAACCCACCUGCUGCAAUCAACCCCACCACUCCUGCAACCAAAACCAACCUUGGGAGGACACGGGGUGACACCUCGCGUGCCCUACCAAAUACAGUGCAAGCGACAGCACCAGCCCAGGCCACUUUUGAAGAUGCCAUGCAAUUACUCAGCAAAGACGACCCACAGGCGGAAUAACAUGUGCCAACUAAGUCAGAACUACUGUGGCAUACUAAGUCAAAGAAACUGA